GCAGGUGAUCUGCCUACCUUGGCCUCCCAAAGUGCUGAGAUUACAGGAGUGAGCCACCAUGCCUGGCCUCAGCUCACUUUUUUACCACUGCGCUUGAUUGCCUCCAGGAACAAAGACCACUGUGCAAUUUUCUGACUACCGAAUCUUUCUGACAUUUGUUUUUCAAUGAAAAAGUCAUGAUUUAGGGGGAAAUUGCAUACUGAAUGAAAUUAUAUGUACAGUGUGGAUAUGCUCUUAAAUCAAUCUUUUUUUCUAAACUAACUCAUAUUGUUAUACUUUACUUUCAUUUUUUUAUUCCUGUUGGCCAUAUAAUUCUUUUGUGCUCUUCUCAAGCAUCCUAGAACAGUAUCCUCUCCCACCAUUUUUCUCCAUGUUAGGCUUUCCUGUCCAAGAUUACAGUGGCAUAGGACAAAUGGCAAUAUUCAUCACUCUCCACCAAAAAGUGCUUCUGCGUCCGCGUGCGAUUGACAUUCAUUUCCCUGAUCUUGGCAGGUGAAGAUCCAUUACGUAUCUUUGUCCCAUUUCCCAGGAGUAUUUAUGGGCCCCAUCAGCAAAGACAGUGAGAGCUGCAGCUGUUCAAGCAUUAGUGGCACCAGGAUGGAAAGUGUGUUACUGAAGUUAGACUCUGCAUUAGAUUGUACCAUACAUUUUUCAUAGUUAUGAUGGAGAGAAAAUCUUUUAACCCAUGUAAGUAAUCAGACACAUUGUUGAGAAAUUCUCUCUCAUGCAUCAGCAUUUUUUUUUCUUUUUUAUUCAAGAUCUCUAUAAGAGGAAACAAAAAGGGAAAUAUGCAUGACCACUACACAUAGUACUGAAAUGUAAGGUUCUCAACAUAUAUUUAUAGGAAGGAAUAUGGGUUUUUAAAGCCCAAUAUGUUGGUACAUAUAUAAUAAGCCCUCUGGAAGAUCUACAAUUACUUAGCCUAUUAUUGGAGUCUGUACUUAAAAAUAACGUCAGGAGUUUCUACUCAGCUGAGGAACUGGCACGUAAGAACUACAGCAGACGAAGCUCUUUGAGAAAAUAACACUUCCACUCCCCAGAAGCAGGCUGUCAGCAAACCAAGGACUGAGAUUCCCCCUCCAUUGGCCUACACCUCACUUGUUAUCAUAAGGGUCUUUGCAAGCUGUUUUGGUUUACAGAGUUGUCUUUAUUUAUCAGUAAGUCCUUAGGCCUCCUCUGGGUAAUUGAUGGAUCAAAUAAAGAUAUUUUUAAAAGCUACAGAAGGAGAAAAGGCAGAAGAAGGAAUAAAGAAUGUUGCAGUUGUUCCUGCCAUUGCUGGCACUAACAUUUGUUCAUUCAGUUAACUUUUACCCCUGGUCUACUCUGUACAAGUGAGCACAGAGCUGGAGAGGGCUCAGCUCCAGAGCUCCGGGAUCUUACUGAGUGCUGUAGGAAAAACAAGGUGUACAAAUAGCUGAAAUGGUGUGUGUUUUAAGUGCCAGAAAAGAUAUACACAGACUUAGGGAAAUUGAGAAGAGUGAGAGAUUAUUUCUGGCCACGGUGGUCAGGCAAGGCUCUGUGCAGUCGCUGAUAUUUGAGCUGGUUCUUGAACUAGGUAGGAUUUGGACAGGUGGACAGUGAGGGGUGGUGGGGGAGGUGUUGAGAGGGAGGACAUUCCAGGCAUAGAGAACAGCUUAGUCAAAGGCCCAGGGGUGCGGUGGGAGCGAGGGUCAGUUGUCCAUAUUUAAGCCCUUACCUAUGACAGACUUGCAAUCCAGGUGUGAAGAGGCAGUUUGCUAUGCAAUCCACAAAUAUUUAUUGAGCGUCUCUGGUCUACUAUACUUAGCCAUUCGGCAGAUGGCCCUGCAGCUUAAGCCAUCAGAAUGAAUGGGAUCAAUCUUGUGGCAAUUCAGUAGAUUGCUCCGUGAUCAGGACUAAAACCCACACAUCAGCUGCCAACUGGUUCAGUGAUACACAUGAACAUCGCAAGAAAUAAGAUGAUUUGCCUCAAAUUACCCAGCAUCGAGUUCCUCUCAUAGAGUUGUUUAGCAGAACCAAACUGGAAGGCUGUUGCUUCACUGGCUUCAUCUUUUUCUUAAACUUGAAAAGACUCUAGACGUAGACUCUAUAAUAAAGAAUAUGUUGCAUAUAUAUAUGCGGGUUUUUGGAGGGGAGAGAGGGAAUGUGAAGAUAGGAAGUGGAAGAGAGGAUAGACACGUAUUAAAACCAUGCUCAUACAAGUUGGACUCCAGGUGCUGCUUAGACUGCAGGUUCUUUGAGGCUAUAUUGACUGCUCACCGCUGUAAGUUAGCAGAGGGAGUGACGCAUAGUAGAUACGCAGCAAAUGUUUUAAUAAAUGUGCUAAUUGAGUUUAACCUUUUAUUACAUUGCAGAUACAGCUUAUCAUGGCUGGUAAACUGAAAGGAAUGAGGUUGGAGCUAUGACAACCAUUUCCCAAUAGAGAAAGGGGAAAUGAUUUGGAACAUUUUUAAUACUUCCUUUUGGAAAAUCUCAUUUUAAGGUUCCUGGGGGAAUCAGCACCCCUUUGGGGGCCUGAAUCUUCCAGAUAAACUCACCUGCCACUAACAGCCCCCAACCCUCCACCUUCCCAAUUCCCUCACCCUCUCCCUUCCUCCUACCAUACCCAAACCCCCAAUCAAAGAUAACCUGUUUGGACAUUAAGUUUUCUAAGCCAUCAUUAACCCUUUGGUUAACGUAAAUUAUAAUCAAUCCACGGUUAAGUUUAAUAGUGGCGGUAAUAAGCUUCAUGAAAGGAAAGACCAGAAACUCUGUGUAGUAUAAGUAUGCUUAUUAAAACAGAUAAUAAAGGAAAAAUGAAAUGAAAACAGUUACGUUAGGGAAUGAUAAAGUCAAUUGCUUUGCCAAGAAUUGCUCCAGUGGUUCAGUUUUCCAUGGUAUAUUUAAGUCUGUUACAAGUUAAUAGUUAUGUGACAGACUGUCUUAGAGACAAAUCUUAAGUCUGAAGAAUCACUGCCAAUUAAAGAUCAAUCAGAAAUUAUAAAAUAGGUCAAUAGGGAAAAAGGAUUAAGCAUAGACAAAUUCAGUAUUGGGAACUUUUCAGGAAUAUUCCAGUGACAUAAAGCAGAGAACCUGUUUAGUUUAGUAAUUGGUCUGGCUAGCACCCAGUUGCUUGUCGAAGUAAAGGGCAAGCUGCCUCUCCCUGCACAGAGCACACUUGCCUUCAGACAGGAUCUAAAAUAAACUGGCCUGGUUCAAGUAGACUAAAAUAACAGCUAGCACUUACUGUGUGCUUACCAUGUGCCAUGGCACAGCGCCUAGCACGUCAAAUAUGUUAUCUAAUUUAAUCUUCACUCUACCUCUGGGAGUACAGGACUAAUAGCUAGCUAAGAGCCAGCAUAUACUGAGUGCUUACUGUGUGCCUGAUACACUUGUAAGAAUAUGUAUUAAAUCAUUUGAUCAAUAUUCUUUGACGUGGUCAUAUUAUUAGUAAUAUUCUCAUUUUGUGUAGGAAGAAACUGAGUGAUAGGUGAUUAAAUCAUUUUCCUAGGGUCAAACUGCGAGUGACAAGUAGAAUCAGGGAAUUUGGAUUCAUGAUAGGCAGUAUGAAUCAGAACAUGAACUCUUGGAGUCAGCUUGUUAGGGGGUGUGAGUCUUGGAGUGUGACUGAUAAGCUGUGUGAUCUUGAACAAAUUACUUCACCUCUCUGGUCUCAUUUUCACCUUAUAAAAGGUGGAUGAUGCUGGUAGUACCCACCUUCUGGGGUGUUGUGAGACACAGAUGGAUUAAUAUUUGAACAGCACUUAUAAUAGUGCUUGGCAUGUAGUGAGUGCUAUAAAUAUAUCAGUGUCUGUUAAAUAAAAAUAAAGUGCAGUCUGGCUCCAGAGCCUAUGCUUUUAGCCCUUGUACUGUGCUGUCUUCUCCCAUGUGAUUUUAUCCUGUCUCUUUAACUGAUAUAUGUACCUUGAAGCCAGCCCCGCAGUAGCCACCCUGAACUCCCAUUCACUACACUUGCCAUACGUUCAGCCAAACUGGAAAGGGGAAUUUGGCAGGAGGGGUCCAGUGGGCUGGAGAUUUACCCUAGACCUUGGCACCUUUUUGAAGAUCUGUAACCCCAAUGUCAGCUGUUUCAGAAUUGUAGUGUCAAAAAUCUGGCUUCCACUGUCCGUUCUGUUGAAGGACAAAACAUCAAUAGUUAGCACAUCUUCCAUACUGAUGGCCCCAGGGCUUUUAAAAGUCUGAAUGAUGCCAUAAAAAUUUAAGCACACUCCAGACCAUCUCCGUCAUUACCCACAUCUUUGAUAUCAACCAGUAGUCUUCAGACUUUAAAGUUUAUCACAAUCACAUAGGGUUAAAAUGCAGAUUCCUGACACCAAUGGGUCUGUUUUGCUGUAUCUGGAAUGAAGUCCAGCAGUCUGCAUUUUUAAGGAACGCUUCAGGUAACUUCAUGCCCAUUGUCCCUUCACCACAUUUUGAGAAAUGGUGCUCUAGUGUAGCCAGACCUCCUCAAACAUCAAUGUGCCUACAGAUUGUCUGGCAUCUUGCUAAAAUGCAGAUUCCCAUCUAAGCAAGGUGCUAGACCUCAGGGCUGAUGUUGGCAGGCCACUCAGUAGUAGAUCUAAGACCUCUUGCCUAUGGCGAGGAGAAUGAUUAUGAGCCAAAGACAUCCCUGCUAGCUCAUGAAAGACUAAAGAAAGUAAUAAAAUGUGUGCGAGCUGAAGAGGCUUUUUUUUUCCAGUUUGCAAAAGAUCUUUACAGUGAGCAGAAAUUCUGAAAGAAAAAGGACAGUCACUUAUUUCUGCUGACUGGCCUAUAUCUUUUCAUAAAUGAAGUCCUGGGCCAGUGUUCAUAGCAACAGUUUUUGAUUUAAUGAUAAACUGAGAUAAGGGUAAUCAAACUUCAUGCUUCAGGGCAUAAGGUGAUUGCCUGCUGUGGUCAGGAUGGAAUUUUUUUCCCUUGUGCUUUGCACAAUUGACUAGAUGCAUUAGAGAGAGUGCUCAAGCCGUGCUUGGAAGAACUGGAGGCCCAGCAGAAUGCUCCGCUGGCUGAGAUCAUAAGGGAAAUGGUUUGGGUUGCGAUGAACAACCCCCAUCAUCAUUUGGCUUUAUCAUUUUUGUUUCAUAUUAAGAUUCUAUGUACCGUAUGUGUGUAUUUCUAUAAGCCCACAUUGAAGCUGGGAGCACACUGUAUUUGGAAGCAAAUGCCCUGUACUCCAGCCCUGGCCAACGAAAUGAGCUUCUAAGUUACCUAGGGAAAGUACUCUCCCCUUGCAGACUCAGUUUCUCCUCCUGUAGAUGCUUUACUGAUCCUCCACAAUUACAGUGAGCAUUGAAUAAGUCAAUAUGGAUGGAAGUGCUUCAUAAAAACCAGAUAGGUGCUGCUCCAGUGAAAAAUAUUAUUAUGAUAUAAUGAAAUAUGCUUUAUGGAAUCACUUUAUUAUAAUCAGCUAUCUAUAAAUUCAUACUUUGUGUGGUGACAUCAUAAACAUAAUGACAGCAAACAUUUAUUGAGUUCUUAAUCUGUGCCAAGUGCAGACAUUUUAUUUACAUUGUCUCAUAUAAUGCUCAUAUCAGCCUUUUGGGACACAUGCUUUUUUACUCCCAUUUUAUAGAUGAGGACACAGAUGCUCAAGGAGCAUCACUUAGUUUCCAGUCACCAUUGUAACAAAUUUCCACAAACACAUUGGCCUAAAACUACACAAAUAUAUGAAGUUAGUUCAGGAGGUCAGAAGUGUGAAACGGGUUUCCCUGAACUAAAAUCUGGAUAGCGGCUCCAGGAGAGAAUGUGGCCUUGCCUUUUCCAGCUUCUCAAGCUGUCUUCAUUUCUGCACAUGUGACCCCUUUCCUCCAUCUUCAAAGUCAGCGAUCCUGUGACUGAGACUUCUUCCAUAGUCACUUCUCCUUCUCUGACUCUGCUGCCUUUCUCUUCCAUCUUUAAAGGAUCCUUGUGGUUAGCAUGGGACCACUCAGAUAAUCCAGGAUAACCUCCCUAUUUUAAUAUCCAUUACUUAAUUAUAGAUCCCUCUUGCCAUCUAAGGCAGCGUAUUCACCCUCAGGGAUUAGGACAUGGACAUCUUUGAGGGGUGUGGACGUUAUUCCUCCUCCCACAGUGAAGUACACCUUGGUAGAAGCAUGCAGCCAGAGUCAGAAUUCACACCCAAGGCUGUCACUUAAAAGUCCACCGUCUCAACUACUCACCAGUAACCCUUCAAUUUAAUCAGUAAAGGAAACAAUAAAAUCAUAGAACAUGAAUGGUCAGGAAAGCCCUGUUGCUUUUACAGUAAUCCACUAGGGACUUGUAAAUAUAAUCAUCAUAGAAGUAACAACAGAAACAUUGACUUCCUGAUCUUGAAAUCCUGCUUUGUACUAAGCAUACGACGUGUAGUCAUUUAUUUCUUUCUUCUGAGGGUGUAUAUUAUUUAUCCGAUUAACCAGAUUUACAGGGAUCCCUGAAUCCAUUUGUCUUUCACUGGAUAACUGAAGGAACAAGGAGAAAUCUGGGGCCAAGGGACAACUGUGGAGGUCUAUAGAAAUGUGUUUUAAUGGAACUACUAGCUCAGCAAUGGGUAGUUAAAGAAGAAUAUCAGGGGCAGCUGGGCCAUCGUUUUCUGGCUCUGGCACUGCCUCUUGGCCGAUUGGAUGGGGUUCAUCAGGUAAAAUCACCCCACUGCAUCCACUGAUGACCAAGACCAUCUCCAGCCUGUGAAGAUUGAUACCCACAGAGGGCAGUCAGACAAUCAGGAGCCUGUAUUCUGCUAGGUUUCCAAAGAACUGUAGAAAGUUAUCAGAGAUCCCUUCCUCACUCUCUUACCCAUGUCCCACUCCUCUCUUCACCACACACUUAGCUAACCUCUGAGGUUUAAUGUAAUUUUAAAGUUCAAAAUGUGUGCUCAUUACUGAAAAGGCUGUCAGAGCAAUUUGAAAACAGAGGAGGAACACAGAGCUGGAAGUCUGGAGAAACACAGCCUAGCUGAACUGUUAGACAACCAGAUUGUCUGUGGACAAGGACUGGCCUUGCUAGCCUUAGUUUUCUCCUUAGAACAGAGGUGGUUAUGGGCAGGAGAGAGUCUAUGUGACCUCCAGAGUUCUUUCUGGCAGUAAGAUCCAUUAAUGUCAUGUUUAUCUUCCUAUUUUAAUUAUCUAGUCAGUACAAUCAAAUAACAUGCUGAUUUUAGAAAAUAUGAAUCUACUUCAUGAACAUGCAUGUAGCUCUCUGUGAAAAGAGACAGACAUACAGAUAGCCCAACUUGUCAAAUUUAUUAUGGCCAUUUACAUUUUAUAACACUUUGCCCUUUUCUUUUGGGAUCACUUAAACUUCAUUGCUGCUAAUGUAGUUUUUAGACUCAAUUUUCAGAAAUACAUAGAUAAUAUUUUCAGUUAGCAGUAAUUGCACCUUAUUCAGCUCUCAGGAGUUGAUGUGUUACCGUUGCUCAAUUUCCCUGUAAUUUUCAGUUAUAUCCACAAAGAGCCGCCCCCCCAUCCCCCACCACCAAUUGAAUGUGUAGAACUGAGAGGGCAAAUGAGUUUCAAAGUAGAGAGCCAAACUUGACUUACUGGUAGUGGCUGUUGCAGCUUGUGUUACAGAAAUUUGUAGGCCUGCAUCCAAGGUCAAAGAGAAAGAGAAUGCCUUUAUAAAUUAGCAAAGUGUUCUAUGAAAAAGGGAAAGUGUAUGGUAGCCCUCAUUGAGCAUGGUCUUUGUACAGGUUGAUAAGUACUUAAUGCAGAUGUCAUUUGAAGUGAUGUCCCAGCUAGCUGCAAGAAGAGAUCCAUGGGGAAGGCAGAUAAGUAACUCCCAAUGCAUAAAGAAGCUUGGUAAUUAUUACUUUACCCAGUUCUUGCAAUUUGAUUUAUUUUGUUGCCUAUUCCCUCAAUUAUUCUUGCUAUCUUUAACACUCCAUCAAAGAUUCAAAAUAUAUGGUAAAUAAUUAUGCUACUAUAGAUACCGCCUUCACUACACAUAUAUGUAUAUGUAAGUAUGUACAUAUGCCCACACUACACAUAGGUGUAUGUAAAUGUAGACAUAUGUAAAAAUAUAACUCACCACAUAAAGGCAUGUGCCUCUGCAGAGAUUUCAAAUGAUAGCCUUCAAAGUCAGACAGAUGUAGGUUGGAAACUCAUCCUGUUUGCUUAACAGACAUGAGAAAUUGGGUGUCUCACUAGACCUCUGAGUCUUAGUUUCGUUUUCUGUAAAAUGGAGAAAAUAUUCUUAAAGAGAUGUGAAAUCAGUUAAAUAUAAUGCAUGGAAACUGACCAUCACAGCUCCUAGAACACAAUAAGGUGCUCAGUCAUGUUGGGUUUUCCAUUGUUAGUAUGCUUUGGACUACAAGUAAGAGGAAACCUAAUUUAAAAUUGCUUCAACAGUUAAGAUCUUAUUAAAUCACAUAGUAAGAAGUCCUGAAAUGUGGUUGCCCCAAGGUUAGCUAAUUCUUUGGCUAAACAGUUAUCAAAGACUCAAGUGUUUUCCAUGUUUCUUCUCUGCCAUUCUCAGCCUAUUAACCUUCUCCUUUGCUAGCUCCUUUCUGCUCCUAAUCAGACUGGUACAUUCCAGAUGAGAAUCCAACAGAUGAAGAGACAAACUCUCCCAGGAAACCUUUCCUAGUAGCAGAGUUCCCCUGGGUCUCAUUGGAUAGCAUCAUAUCACCUGCUCAUAUCUGAAGCCUAAAGCAGUCUUGGGCAGAGUAAUGGACCACCUCAGUUGACCCAAAUGGGAGAGAUUGGCUUACCAGUGGAUACAUAAACAAAAUCAGCAUUUUGUUACAGAGUACUAUACAUUGUUAUUUAUACAUAUUACCUACACACAGUGUACAUUAAACAUAUUUGUGAAUGUGCUCACACUAUCCAAAGUUUGGUGUUUAGCCAGCAAUAUUUUUCUGCAUGAUUUGAAAAUUUUGCAUACUUGGAAGAGAAUUUGUAUUUGAUUAGGCAAUUAAAAAAAUAAAAGACAUGACAUUGUAAGAAAAUGCUAUAAAAAUGUAGGAUGGGUUCAUAAAAUGACUUUGCUUUCAGUAUGCUUCCAUAUUUUUUUUCUGUAGCUUCUUUUAAAUGAGAAAUAAGAUACCCCUGCCAGAUUAACACUUUGACACAUCAUAGUAAACACAAGCCAUAAUUAUGAAGGCACUUUUAUCUCAUAAGAGGUGGAGACACAAAUGCUAACUCGAUUCUCUUCAAUUCUGUAAGACAUUUCAUGAUUAUAAAUUCACAUUUUUUUCAUGGUUCCUACUUCAAAAAAACAACCCUUAAAGCUCUAAAGUUAGUUUUGUAGUGUUUCUGUUACGUGAUAAAUUCUGUAUCUACUUUUUUUUUUAUCUUUCUUAUCACUUAAUGAAAUACAUUACAGACUACCUGAGUGAAACUUUUGGCCUGGCUCCAGGUCCUCCUUCACCAUGUCCUGUUUAACCUCUUUUCCUGGUACAAUAAUACAAUAAAUCAGUCCUGAGAUAUCAUAAAAUACGGAUGAAGAGGCUCCUCCUUUACCUCUCUUUGUACAGCUGAUGUUUCUUUGCAAGAGGCUAUAAAAAUUAACCACCUAGAUUUUCAAUAUCUGAAAUUUCUACUUUCAGUGUUUUAUAGUUGCAUUUCUGUUCACCAAGGUAAAACUUCACUUAGGCUUUAUUGAAUACAAGUCUUGUUCCCUAAGGAAAAGCAAUCACCCUUGUUUCGCUGCUCUCCCUAUUCAGCCCGCACAAUUUUCCUUCUCAACAAUGCAUCCUUGUGAGUCCAAAGAGUCCUGAGUUCAAAUUCUGCCUCAGCCACUUAACCUCUCAGAGCCUGGUUUCCUCAGUGGGAAGUUAGGAUAAUAUUUCUGCCAAAUAAGGAUGUUAUUAUAUUUUCAGGAAGACUAUAUGCAAGGCACUUAGCAUGGUAUCUGACAUAAACUCAGUAAGUUGUAAUAGUUUUGGUUUCAUUUACUAUUUUCAAAUCAAUGAUGUUUGGCAAUAUAUGAAAUAUUCAUAUAUGAAAGACUUAUGGAUUUUGUACAUGGAUUUGUUCACCCCAACCAAAAGUAUUUGGGUGGCUAUUUCUAAAAGCAUAAAGAGACAGAGAAUAUAUCAGAACAAUUCUGGUAAGCAGGUGGCAUUUAUUGAGCCCAUCAGAACACAGAAGCAGCACCACAUGUACAUGUGGCCACUCAGUAUUUAACAUGAUUCUGGUGACUGGUAUGUGGUGGGGUGGGAAGGUUUAUCAUGUUGUGAAGUAUUUUCAGAUGAUGAAUUUUGGAACUUAAAUAAUGGACAAAGUACUCAUAGUAACUUACUGGAUUAGCUCAACCUGACUCUCAGUCUUAGUAGUAAUUUUUAAGAUGCUUCUAAGUCCUGUACUCACUCACUUAUUCAUUCAUUUAUCCAUGCAAUGGAUAAUUUUAGAGCAUCUUCAGUGCUCACGGGACUUUUCUUCCCCUUUCUCUUCAAAGCGUCAAAGUCCAGUGAAUCAUGGAACAACUUCAUGCAGCAUCAGUUUCCUGGGUAUGUGACCUGCAGCUGCACUUGGUCCCAUGCUUGCAAUGUUCUGCUGUUACCAUCUUGAAAUUCUUAAAUUUUUUUUUUAACAAGGAGAAACACAUUUUUAUUUUACACUGGAUCCUGCAAAUCACAUAGCUGGUCCUGACUUCUCCUUUUCACCAAUGCCAUUUACUCUGUAUUGAUCUGAGUAAGCAGAUGUGAGUUGGAAAGAGCCACAGACUCUGAGUCUUGAGUCCACACCGUGACACAUACUCAGGAAACUACCUAAUUUCUGGUCCUUGGUUUUCUCAGCUGUGAACUAAGGUGGACUACACAUGGUCUCUGGGAACAUGGCUGUAAUCUUGAUACCUCAGGAGUAUAAGACAUAGAUAAAAUAAUGCCAGACCUGGGUUUGAAUUGUAAGUGUGGUGAUUCUACUUUCAAAACUAGAAAUUAUGGGGAUUAUGGGAAUUAUGGGACCAAAAUAAAAACAGAAAUUUGCACUCUUCCUGAAAUAGAUGAGCUGUAUAGCUGAAAUCUUUGACUUCUAGCCUAGGCCUUUAUGCAGUUUGGUGGUUUUUAAAAUAUAAAACCAAACUGAUUGAGCACUGGUAUUAUUCUGCUCAUUUCAUUUAGAUCUAUCCUUUCGUUUCUAUAGAUUUUAUGCUGAUUUCCCAGAGGAGACUUAACUCACUCCUGUACUUUUGCCACACUUAAAAAAAAAAAUCUAUAGCCAAGAUGUUAAAACGCUAAUAUACAAAUACUGGCAUUACUGAGGAUUUUCUAAUUUUCAGCCCAGGAAGUUUUGCGUGUUGGGAGAUUAUAACAAAAAUAUGUUGCCAGCCCUCUGGCAUGGAUACUAACCAAUCAAAACAGACCCCACAAUGUGGUACAAAGUGAUGGGCAGCCCUCCAGUCUGACGUUUCAACAGUAACUUUUAGAGAAGGCACUACGGUAUAGUCAUCUUGGCCCAAAUAUCUAUUCUCUAGAGACCCAGACAAGAUGCAAGAAAGACAUACCAUUAAACCCAGUGAGUCUGUGUUUAUUCAGUGUGGGAACCAAGAGUCCUCCUAGUUCAGUCAGCUCGCACCUCUGCAAGCACUGCUACAAAGUCUUUAUUAAAAGUUAUAGCUGUUUAAUACCAGACACGGACUUCAGAUACACUUGUUUUUCAUCAGCUUAAGGUCACUGACAAAUGGAAAUGAUAAAAGGCAUUUCAAAGAAAACAACUCUAAAUUAACUGAGACUCCAAAAUCAUCAUUUUUAGAUACACCUUCAGUUCUGCGUGAAGCCAUCAUUUGCUUGAGCAGAUUUGAGAUCACAGGAGAAUUCAAUGCUCAGAGUGCCUCUAAUCACCCACCUAAAUAUUUGCAUCAUUAAGUUAGUCUCUCCACUUUGUGAGCCUGCUAUCGGCCUGAAGAGAUGGGGAGAUUUUCUAUGAUGGUAAAAGGCCACAAACAACUCCAGUGUAAGUCAGAAUAUCAAGCCAAUUAAGAUCAUAGCAAUGACACUUAGUUCUACACAUUUCAUCCCUUAACUAUUAAGCAAUUUUUACUUUGACACUGAUCAAGAGGUGUUAAUGCAGAUUCUUUUAAACAACUCAAGUGAUUUAGGAUGCGUAUAAAAGGCAGAGGGAGAGAGGGGGAAUGAUCACCUUUUCUACUUUCCAGAGCUGUAAGUCUUUGGUCCCCUUAAAAUUCGUUAUCCAGUUUGUGGGGUUCAUUUAUUUACUUAGUUUAAUGUAAUUGUAUUUAAUUUAAUUUAAUUUUGGUGGAGAACAUUCUGACUUCAGUCUGUUGGUCUGUUUUAUUGUGUAGCAGUAGGCUGUUUCGCUUAGAAGUCUACUAAGAAAGAAGGGAGUUUACAUUUCAGCUCCCAAGCCCCUAAUGGUUGACUGACUAAUAUGUUUACAUGUGUAUUAGGAUUAAGUGGGCUGAUUUGAAAAGAGCCACAGAGAUAAGUGAAGUCUGACUUCUUGUUGCCCUAACAGAGGCAGGAUUGCAGAAUCACCCUUAUCAGCUAUGAUUAUCUUAUGACUGACAAAAAUGCUCAAUGUGACCAAAUUUUGAAAUAGAUUCAGUGUUCCAAGCAGCUAAUUAUCUUCAAAGUAAAAUAUGAACAAGUCUUGUGUGUAGAAAUUAGUUUAUAAAAAUACAGAUUUACUGUUUUGCUACAUAUUCAGAUAGGAAUUUACUUAAUGCUUAGUUUGUUGCUUAUUUGGAUCCUGGUGAUGUAGGGUGAUGACUCCAGCAAAGAGCAAGAAGGCUGGCAGAGAAAAUGUUCUUACUCCCUGCUGCCACACACACAGGACUUUAAGAGGGACUUUGGAAUUUGGAUGAGCCAGGUCUUCAUUCUCCACUGCCCCAUGCAUGUUUUAGAGUUGAGGAAGAUCUUAAAUGCCAGUAUUUGAACAACUGGAGUACAAAUAUUUUUGGCUUUAAAUAUCUAAGUACACAAUUGCAAUCAGUUUUUCAUUUGCUUUUAUUGGUGUAGAUUUGACCACUGAGAAGUUUAAGCCAGGUUUUCUUUCUCCUGUGUGACUGUAAUUCUUAACUUUUAUUACAAAAGACAAUCCCUGUAAUACCAGCACCAGGAGAACAGCGGUGAUUUUGAAUUGGCAUGGAUCUUUGUGAAAAUCAGAUUAAAGUUCACUCCAAAAAUAGGAAUUGCUGUUGCUAAUUUUAUUUUAGCACUUUAUAUUUCAGAAGCUUGGGAAGGAAAAAGUAGGAGGUAGAAAGGAAAAAGUAGGAGAUAAGAAGAAAAGAGUGAGCGAAAAUUAUAAUAUACUAAUUUAGCUGAAAUCUCUUAAUUACCUUAGUGUUUUCUUAGGGCACAUCCACAGUAUAAAUAAAACAAAACAUGAUCAAGGACUUGUUCUCUAGGAAGUUAUCGUCUAGAAUAAAUUACAUAUUUCAAAAAUCAUAUCCCAAGUACUGGUUCUUGGAUUUAUUCAACAGACAAUAACUCUCUUCACUAAGAAAAUGGGCUGUUUAUUUGGAUAGAAGGUAACUUAAUGCUUUUUAGUGGAACAUCUUACAAUCCUCCCUUUUUUAAAUGUUAAACUUAUAAAGCAUUGCUUUUAAAAGAGAAAAUCUAAAAUAACUUAAAUUUUUCUUUAGCUGUUUCCUUCAAGUGUUUGUCUAUAUACAUCUCCAGUUUUAUAAAGUUGUGAUCAGUGAACAUACAACUUCAUAUUCUGAUUUUUUUCCCUUCCUAGUAUUGCAUCAUAAGCUGAAGAUUACUGGUUUUCAUUAUUAUUAUCUGAAUAAUUGCAUCAUAUUUCAUGAGGCUGGUGUAAUAUACUUUUAACUACUUCUCUAUGUUUAGAAUUUUAAGCUGUGUCCAGUUUGUUCACCAUGAUAAAAAAGCUCCUCCCUCUAAUAAGUUUCAUUUUUUCCCUUCCUACUUUAGAUUAUUUGCUAAGGGUAAAUCACCAGAAAUAAAAUUACUGAGUCAAAGGUAGCUCAGUGGCAUUUCUGGGCAGGGGCUACCCUGACUUCACCUUGGCCCACCAUGAGGGUCUUCCUGCUUUGUGCCUACAUACUGCUGCUGAUGGUUUCCCAGUUGAGGGCAAUCAGCUUUCCUGAAGAUGAUGAACCUCUUAAUACUGUCGACUAUCACUAUUCAAGGCAAUAUCCGGUUUUUAGAGGACGCCCUUCAGGCAAUGAAUCGCAGCACAGGCUGGACUUUCAGCUGAUGUUGAAAAUUCGAGACACACUUUAUAUUGCUGGCAGGGAUCAAGUUUAUACAGUAAACUUAAAUGAAAUGCCCAAAACAGAAGUAAUACCAAGCAAGAAACUGACAUGGCGAUCAAGACAACAGGAUCGAGAAAACUGUGCUAUGAAAGGCAAGCAUAAAGAUGAAUGCCACAACUUUAUCAAAGUAUUUGUUCCAAGAAACGAUGAGAUGGUUUUUGUUUGUGGUACCAAUGCCUUCAAUCCCAUGUGUAGAUACUAUAGGUUGAGUACCUUAGAAUAUGAUGGGGAAGAAAUUAGUGGCCUGGCAAGAUGCCCAUUUGAUGCCAGACAAACCAAUGUUGCCCUCUUUGCUGAUGGGAAGCUGUAUUCUGCCACAGUGGCUGACUUCUUGGCCAGUGAUGCUGUUAUUUAUCGAAGCAUGGGUGAUGGAUCUGCCCUUCGCACAAUAAAAUAUGAUUCCAAAUGGAUAAAAGAACCACACUUUCUUCAUGCCAUAGAAUACGGAAACUAUGUCUAUUUCUUCUUUCGAGAAAUUGCUGUCGAACAUAAUAAUUUAGGCAAGGCUGUAUAUUCCCGUGUGGCCCGCAUAUGCAAAAAUGACAUGGGUGGAUCCCAGCGUGUCCUGGAGAAACACUGGACUUCAUUUCUGAAGGCUCGGCUGAACUGUUCUGUCCCUGGAGAUUCGUUUUUCUACUUUGAUGUUCUGCAGUCUAUUACAGACAUAAUACAAAUCAAUGGCAUCCCUGCUGUGGUCGGGGUGUUUACCACACAGCUCAACAGCAUCCCUGGUUCUGCUGUCUGUGCAUUUAGCAUGGAUGACAUUGAAAAAGUAUUCAAAGGACGGUUUAAGGAACAGAAAACUCCAGAUUCUGUGUGGACAGCAGUUCCCGAAGACAAAGUCCCAAAGCCAAGGCCUGGCUGUUGUGCAAAACACGGCCUUGCCGAAGCUUAUAAAACCUCCAUCGAUUUCCCGGAUGAAACCCUGUCAUUCAUCAAAUCUCAUCCCCUGAUGGACUCUGCUGUUCCACCCAUUGCCGAUGAGCCCUGGUUCACAAAGACUCGGGUCAGGUACAGACUGACAGCCAUCGCGGUGGACCAUUCUGCCGGGCCCUACCAGAACUACACAGUCAUCUUUGUUGGCUCUGAAGCUGGCAUGGUACUUAAAGUUCUGGCAAAGACCAGUCCUUUCUCUUUGAACGACAGCGUAUUACUGGAAGAGAUUGAAGCCUACAACCAUGCAAAGUGCAAUGCUGAGAAUGAGGAAGACAAAAAGGUCAUCUCAUUACAGUUGGAUAAAGAUCACCACACUAUAUAUGUGGCAUUCUCUAGCUGCGUUAUCUGCAUCCCCCUCAGUCGCUGUGAGCGUUACGGAUCAUGUAAAAAGUCUUGUAUUGCAUCUCGUGACCCAUAUUGUGGCUGGUUGAGCCAGGGAUCCUGUGGUAGAGUGACGCCAGGGAUGCUGCUGUUAACCGAAGACUUCUUUGCUUUCCAUAACCACAGUGCUGGAGAAUAUGAGCAAGACACAGAAUUUGGCAACACAGCUCAUCUAGGGGACUGCCAUGAAAUUUUGCCUACUUCAACUACACCAGAUUACAAAAUAUUUGGCGGUCCAACAUCUGACAUGGAGGUAUCUUCAUCUUCUGUUACCACAGUGGCAAGUAUCCCAGAAAUCACACCUAAAGUGAUUGAUACCUGGAGACCUAAACUGACAAGCUCUCGGAAAUUUGUAGUUCAAGAUGAUCCAAACACUUCUGAUUUUACUGAUCCUUUAUCGGGUAUUCCAAAGGGUGUACGAUGGGAAGUCCAGUCUGGAGAGUCCAACCAGAUGGUCCACAUGAAUGUCCUCAUCACCUGUGUCUUUGCUGCUUUUGUUCUGGGGGCAUUCAUUGCAGGUGUGGCAGUAUACUGCUAUCGAGACAUGUUUGUUCGGAAAAACAGAAAGAUCCAUAAAGAUGCAGAAUCCGCCCAGUCAUGCACAGACUCCAGUGGAAGUUUUGCCAAACUCAAUGGUCUCUUUGACAGCCCCGUCAAGGAAUACCAACAGAAUAUUGAUUCUCCUAAACUGUAUAGUAACCUGCUGACCAGUCGGAAAGAGCUACCACCCAAUGGAGAUACUAAAUCCAUGGUAAUGGACCAUCGAGGGCAACCUCCAGAACUGGCUGCUCUUCCCACUCCUGAGUCUACACCUGUGCUUCACCAGAAGACCCUGCAGGCCAUGAAAAGCCACUCAGAAAAGGCCCAUGGCCAUGGGGCUUCAAGGAAAGAAACCCCUCAGUUUUUUCCCUCUAGUCCGCCACCUCACUCCCCGUUAAGUCACGGGCACAUCCCCAGUGCCAUUGUUCUUCCAAAUGCUACGCAUGACUACAACACAUCUUUCUCAAACUCCAAUGCUCACAAAGCCGAAAAGAAGCUUCAAAACCUUGAUCACCCUCUCACAAAGUCAUCCAGUAAGAGAGAUCACCGGCGUUCUGUCGAUUCCAGAAAUACACUCAAUGAUCUCCUGAAGCAUCUGAAUGACCCAAAUAGUAACCCCAAAGCCAUCAUGGGAGACAUCCAAAUGGCCCACCAGAACUUAAUGCUGGAUCCCGUGGGAUCCGUGUCUGAGGUCCCACCUAAAGUUCCUAACCGGGAGGCAUCACUGUACUCCCCUCCUUCAACUCUCCCCAGAAACAGCCCCACCAAGCGAGUGGAUGUCCCCACCACUCCUGGAGUCCCAAUGACUUCUCUGGAAAGACAAAGGGGUUAUCACAAAAAUUCCUCCCAGAGGCACUCAAUAUCCGCUAUGCCUAAAAACUUAAACUCACCAAAUGGUGUUUUGUUAUCCAGACAGCCUAGUAUGAACCGUGGAGGAUAUAUGCCCACCCCCACCGGGGCAAAGGUGGACUAUAUUCAGGGAACACCAGUGAGUGUUCAUCUGCAGCCUUCCCUCUCCAGACAGAGCAGCUACACCAGUAAUGGCACUCUUCCUAGGACGGGACUAAAGAGGACGCCGUCCUUAAAACCUGAUGUGCCACCAAAGCCUUCCUUUGUUCCUCAAACCCCAUCUGUCAGACCACUGAACAAAUAUACGUACUAGGCCUGAAGUGUGCUAUUCCCAUGUGGCUCUAUCUCGUCCAUGUUGUUGACAGGAUGAUGUUGUUACCUUAAACAAGAGACUCGCUUGUAUUUUAAGAGAAGCAAGUGGCCAAAGAAACUCUUUCUAACUUUGGCAACAUCAGAACUUGCCACAUGUAGCUACUGCAGCAAGGCUUCUGUGUACUUGCCUGAAAACAAAGGAAGGUGCUGGUCAUUCCAUUUCUUUUGUUUGAAGCUAAAGAGAUGUGUAGCUCCCAGGGGCUACCUUACCAGUAUAAAGAGCUGAUAACAGUACUCAGACGAAUCUGUGAACAAAUACUUGAAAAUGGGUUCAAUGUAGACUGCCAUUAUGUGUGGUCUUCCCAUUAAAUGUGAACGUUUUAAUAUGUAUGCAUUCACCUUGCCUCUUGCACAAAUGUCAAAAAAAAAAUAAGAUGGUAAUGUCUCAAAGAAAUGAACUUGUAGAUUACCAGGCAGUUUGCUAAAAAUUCAAUCUUUGACCCCAACUGUAGCAUUUCUUUUCAUGUGUGGCAUUUUUUUUCAUGCCACCAACAAACUUGUUGCGCACACGUGUGCGCGCGUGUGUGUGUGUGUGUGUGUUCAUUCUGUUCCCACUAGGAUCUGUUUAGGUGCCCAUUGCAUCUUUUUGUGCUAUGGAGUUGUUUACAUAGAGCAUGACUGAACAAGAAACAAUAACUACUUCCUACAGGAGUCCAUUGGGUUCAGCUUUGAAAAAGGAAUAGAAUCAAGGCUCCUCUGACCAUCAGAAUGAUGAACUUUACUUAUGUGGUACCCAAUGCCAGAAUGUAAGAGUUGCAAGUGAUUUUGUGCUGCUAUUCGUUAAAACUUCUAUUCCAGUCUUGCCAGCUUAAGGAGAUCAAGAUAUUAAGAGGUAUCCUUGAUUUAUUUUUCAGUAUUCAGUAGUAAAAUUUACCUGUCCACUGUGAAUCAAAGCCUGAGUCACUCUAUUUAACCUUGGACACACUAACAAGGUUUUAUUUUGAUUAUGUUUGGUUUUUUUUCCGCAUAGUAAAAUUUCUCCUCCUUUAACUCUUCCUACCCACCAAGGUAAACAAAACAAAACAAAACCAAAAAAUAUAGAAGACAAAAGACAUAUGAAAGGAAUUGUAAUUGGCUCAACAGAAACAGUCUGUGAAAACCUAACAGUGAUGCAAUCAUGUUGUCCAUGUUGUGUUAUGUGGGAAUUUUCUCCCAAGUCAUGCAGGUAAUGACAAUAUACUGUAAAUACCACAUGUGAGUUUACCUGAAUCUGUGCAUUUUGUGCCUUAUUCAUGAGAAUGAUAGAAGUACUAAAAUCUGUCAAGUGUUUUCAGUAGAGCACAUUAUUUACUGAGUGCCAGUUGUAAAUGUUUUUCAACCAGCACCUGAAAAGACUGUUUUCAAAAAAUCACAGAAACAAUCUAGAACAAUUAAUUGUUACAUAAUCCACCCUCAGAGCAGCAUUACAUUCUUUGCCAUGAUAAACAUUCCACUCCUGCUUUCCUAAGGAUGAAACAGUGAUAAUGUGAACUCAAAUGAGGUUUCCUGGGUAACGUGACACCUGCGGAAACUAUAUAGCGUCAUUUAUACAUAGUUUGGCAGAAACCACUUAUGGUUGAUGAUGUGCAACCCUGCUGACUGUUUCAGUAAUAUGCUGCACACCACACAAUUGUUUAGUGAACCAAAUCUAGAAAGUACCAAGGCAGAGGAAUGCUCCUGAUGUAGUCAGGCAAAUGAGUUCGACUGAUUUCUUGGGAUAAUAAUGUUUGUACCUAUUACUUGGAGGAGGACAGGCUGCAGAAGACUGGAUCAUUUUUAUACAGAAUGUGAAAUACUGAUACAGUUAUUUUUUUUUUUUUUUUUUAAAAAGAACAUUGUCUUAUAAAGAACAUGAUUUCCGGUGAUCUCUGGAAGCGCUAAAGCUAAAAUUUCUGAAAUACUUCAGCUUUGCAACUAAAAUAUUACAGAUUAAUAAAUUAAACCAACCAAUGAUAAACAGUACUCAGUCCACCAACAACGUUUGAAUUCACCUUACCAAUAUUAAUCCCAGUGUGUGUAAAACGGAACAGUAACUCUGUGUGACCCAGAUAACAUUUUGUAACAUUGUGCUUCCUUGUAGUUUGUAAUGUGAUUUCAAUCAGUAUUUAUGUUGAAAUUUCUAACAUUAAAUCUAGUCUCUAUCCUGUUAAUUUAAUUUUUAAAUGCUUUAUCCAUUUGUGCAAAGGUAAACGCAGAUUGUAUCUUUUUUAAUGGUACGGCAUAAAAAGUAACCCUACAGUGAAGUGGCUCUAUACUGUUUUAUAGAGUACUUUAACAUGUAUAGAUAUCUUGUAAACUUGUAUUGUGGAUGUGUAAAUAAUAUGUACUUUGGGUUUUUAACACCGCAUGUAAAGUCAAAAUAAAAUAUACAAAUCAUUA